AUGAAGACUUUUCUCCUUCUACCAGCCUUCGUCAAGUUAUGCAGUGCCACCUCAGAUGUCGAAUUCAAGCGAACCUGGUCAAGCAACGAGCCCACCCAUCUAGCAAAAUACAGUCUCCUCACAUUCGCCUGCUCAGCAUUCAUCUACCUAAUAUGGCAGCUUAUUUCCCGCUACAACAACCACCUUCGCCACCUGUCGACCUUCGGCCACAACAACCAACGCUACUUCGCAACUCCAGCCUACGGCAUACUCCCCUGGCUCAAAGAACACCUCAUAUACGCCCCGCUAUUCCGAGUGCGCCACAAUCGCGAGUUCCGGCUGUCAAGGAACAUACACAUGGGCACAUUGCCAAGUCGGUUCCACAGCCUGCUGAUUUUCGGCAUGGUGGCUUUGAACGUGUGUCUUUGCUUGGUGGGUGUUCCUUUUCGCGAUCGAGAGUUGGCGGCGAAAGCCGUUCGCAAGAGUUCGGGGACGGUGGCCACUGCCAAUUUUAUUCCUCUUGUUUUGAUGGCUGGGAGGAAUAAUCCUCUCGGCAGGAUAUUGCAUGUUCCAUUUGAUACGUGGAUGUUGCUGCAUCGGUGGCUGGGGCGCAUUGUUGUAUUUGAGUCUCUGGUGCAUGUCAUGACUUGGGGGAUCUCGUAUGCUGAGAAGGAAUGUUGGAGGACGGUUUUUACGGCGCUGACUGCCGGAAGCUUUCUUCGGGAUGGCUUUAUUGCAACUUGUGUCUUAAUAGCCCUUCUCCUGCAUUCACCGUCGCCGAUUCGACAUGCGUUCUAUGAAACAUUCCUGUAUCUGCACUUCGUCUUUGCGGCUUUGACCAUGGGCUUUCUUUGGGUCCACCUAGAUGGUAUGCAUUCUCAAAUGUACCUCCUAGUCGCAAUAAUUCUCUGGGUCCUAGAGCGCGUUGCCCGUAUAGUGUCCCUCAUUUACCGAAAUAUUGGUCCCAACUCAACGACCGCGAAUGUCGAGAUCCUCCCUGGAGACGCAAUGUGUAUUAUCCUUCGCCUGGCACGACCAUGGAACUUUAAACCAGGGCAGCAUAUAUACCUCUAUAUCCCAUCAAUCGGAUGGUGGACGUCUCACCCGUUUUCUGUCGCCUGGAGCGAAAGAACACUUUCAAACAAGGCGGCCCUACCCUCAUUCAAACAAAGCCUUGUCGACUAUCAGCAGAGCGUUAUCUCGCUAGUAGUCCAACGCCGUGGCGGUAUGACAGACAAACUUUUCCAGCUAGCCUCGAAAGAAUCCACGACAUACCGCGCCUUUAUAGAAGGGCCUUACGGCAAUAUCCAUUCCUUAGACUCAUAUGGGACAGUCCUUCUUUUCGCAGGUGGCAUGGGGAUUGCACACCAGAUUUCUUUCCUUCGUCACCUUGUCCAGGGAUACUCGGAAGGGACGGUAGCGAUGCGCAGGGUUCUUCUCGUGUGGAUCGUUCGCUCUUCUGCACAUUUGGAAUGGGUCCGGUCUUGGAUAUCGAAUAUACUCGCUAUCAGUCAGCAGCGAGAUGUACUUCGAAUCAUGCUGUUUGUUACGCAGCCGCAGAGUACAAAGGAGAUUCAAGGGUCUUCGAUGACGGUCCCGAUAUUUCCUGGUCGACCCAAUAUUGAAACGUUGGUUGAUAUGGAAAUCGGCAAUCAAAUAGGUGCUAUGGGUGUCAUGGUAUGCGGGAAUGGGAGUUUAAGUGACAGUGUUCGAUAUGUCUGUCGGAGGAGACAGUCUGUUUCAAAGAUUGAUUUUAUUGAGGAAAGCUUCUCAUGGUAG